GAUAUCCCGUCAUCACUCGCGUCCAACCUCACUUCACAUGUUCAACAAGUUCGACAACAGAGCAUACACGCAUACAGCUAGCUGGCAUUCUCUCAAUGCACUCAAAAUAUAGCCCAAUAUGUCAACCCCACAAGCAAAACGCCGCCGCCUCAACGAAGCAACAAAAACCCUCCACAAGCCAUUCAAAUCACCAUUCCGCACCCCAUUGAAAGUUCAGCAACAGCAAUCUCCUUCACACGAAUCGGCUUCGUCCGACCCGCCGUCCGAGCCCGAUGUAACUUCUACUACGUCAUCAUUCCUUUCAACAACACCAGUAUUAUCUUCCACAAAACUCCCAUCCCGCCCCAAUCCACCAAACUUGACCCCGCGAACACAGCAAGUUCCCAAAUCCUCGAAACCAUUCACAGCAUCGACUAGCCCUACCAACCCCUCAGUAGCAAAGCAAAUCCUCCAGCUACGAUCCGAGAUCCAAAUUCUCACGCAGGCCCAUGCGCUGCUUACUUCCUCCAAGGACAAAGACCUAGAGCGCGAAAUCGAGAUGUGGCGGACGGCGAGUAGGGAGGUGGCAGAGGAUUUGUUCGCGACGACUAGGGAAAGGGUUCAGAGGAUGGGGGGUGUUGGCGCGUGGAAGGAUAGGGAGAGGGAACAGAAAGAGUGGAGGGCGAAGUGGGAAAAGGAGGAUGCAGAGAGGGAAUUAGAGGAGCGGCGACGUGGUAUGGAAGAGAAUGGAGAGGAGAGAGAGGUGUAUGAUGAUUAUGCAGAUCUCGGGGAUGCUGUGGAUGAAAAGAAAGGAGAGGAUGAUUCUGAGGACAAAGCUAACGACGAUGAUGGCUUCACCAUGGACAUGAUGCUCAAGACUUUGAACAUUGAUCUCAACCUCAUCGGAUAUAACAAGGAGUUCCAAAGAUGGGAAGGUUGAAGAUGCCAGGCUAUUUCGUUUACUGUCAUCAGCUAUAAGCUCCUACCGGCCGCUCGCGUCUACUACUACCAACUGCCUCUCCCGUACAACAUUCCUGCCAUCUGACAAUAAGUUCGACUUUUGGAAUACCUUGAGAGACACCAAGUCCAUCGACAAGGAGGGGGCAUAUCGAACACAUGACAUAUCAUACUAACCCGGGGCUGUACAAUAGCAGAAGCUGCACAAUAUCUGCAAAAUACGAUAUUGUCCAGUGACCUUGGAAACUCAAAAGAAGAUGCAGACAAGCAGCAACACCAGCCGUUGAAGCUUUUACCUUAUGGGUAUAUUAUAGCACGGGUUUAGAACGAUUAGCACUCAAGUACCUAGGUAAUGAUGCAAUUCUAUGCCAGAAAUUGAGAUGGCCAUCAGGUAGAACCUCACAGAAUGAAG